AUGACAACAAACACAGGAUCUACCACGACUAUGAGGACAACGAUCGCCACAGCGUCUGUGACAACAUCAGACCCAAGUCUAGCGACCGUCGGAACUGUGGAGGCAGUAGGGAAUGGCAAUAAUGCCAACAGACUAAGCGCAGGAGCAGUGACAGGUGUGGGCAUUGGAACUUUUAUUCUCGGCGCAAUUCUGGCAUUUAUUGCCGCAUUCUUCCUUUUCAAGCAACGGAACAAGCACCAAAAUGCGAACGUUGGCAGAAAAGAAUACCCAAGCUAUGCCGACUCGGCUCCCGAUCUAGCUAUGUUGCAACACAAGAGUGCUGGCAGUUUAGUAGGGCGAUAUAGCCCCUACGUACAGGUCUCACAGACAUCUAUACCAGCGCCGCUGGCUGUUCAUCCACCUUCUCUAAUGCCCGCGCCGAUCCCCAUACCAACAAACGCGUCUAAGAAUGUCACUGCUUUCUUACCGCCUGCAGCAGACAACGAGGAGGUGUGGAACGGAGUCGUCCACUUGUUCGCCUUGAUGCAUGAACAUGUAGAAAAGUAUUACCGCGAUGUGAACGCCAGUAUUACCCCGAGCAUGGAACCUGAAAUCGCAGAGUUUGGAGCCAAGGAAGUGGACAUGGCGCAACUCCUGCAAGAAUGCUCAAGCCCAACAGCGGCGCUCAAGCAUGCACUCGUAACAUAUGUACUAAGAAUAACGGGGCCAAAGCAGAAAGAGGGUGAUGAGGGAACGUUGUUUCCGGAAGAGCUUUACGUAGCGCAUGCCGAGAAUCAUACCAAGGUUGAAUCUGAUCCGGAUCUUAUAGCAGCCACCUCGCUCCAUCGCCGCAUCUCUGUCUACCUCUACAGCAACAUUACUGGUAUGCCAAACCGUCGCAGGUCUUGGAUGGCUCAAUCGAAUAUCCGCGAAGCAGCGGAACACUUCGCUCUUACUUUCUUCCCUUGGGCCAACCCUACGUCCAGCGACCAAGACAAAGACGAAGACCUUGCGCGCAUCAUCACAGAUACACUGACAAUGAGGAUAUGGCUAUUCGGGCAGUCGGAUAUCUAUGAAUUUGAAUGGGAAGGAGUUGGCGAGAGAGGUAUUGUUAUCAAUCCGGGGUUGGUGAAGCGGAAACGUGCAGAAAGUGACGGCGAUGAUUCUGUGGUCCAGUUAGUGGAAGGCGCUGUUGUUGCUAGGUAG